CGGAGGAGCAGCGAGUCAAGAUGAGAGUUCGGCGGCGGCGGUGGCGGCAGAAAUGGACAGCUGUUCUUUCUACCCAGGAUAAUGAUGGCUGUGAAUAGAUGUGGGGGAAAAUUACAACAGAAAUAAACACAAGACUUCUUGUACCAGGGAUAUUCCCUCACUAUCAAUUUUUACAGAACAAUUUAAGUUCAUGAAGAUUUAGUACAUUAAUAAAGACUCAAGAAUGAAUACUCCGUCAGAAACCAGUAAACCUGUAAAAAUGGAGAGCGGAGAUGGGGAAACAGGCACACAAACAAAUGGCCUAGACUUUCAGAAACAGACGGUGCCUGUUCCAGGGGCAAUUUCCACAGCCCAGGCGUUCCUUGGACAUCUUCAUCAGGUUCAGCUUCCUGGAUCAAGUUUACAAGCUGCUGCCCAAUCCUUAAAUGUACAGUCUAAAUCUAAUGAAGAAUCUGGGGACACUCAGCAGCCAAGCCAGCCUUCACAGCAGCCUUCAGUUCAGGCGGCCAUACCGCAAACACAGCUUAUGUUGGCUGGAGGGCAGAUAACUGGGCUUACGUUAACACCAGCCCAGCAGCAAUUAUUACUACAACAGGCACAGGCACAGUUGCUGGCAGCUGCAGUGCAGCAUUCAGCCAGUCAGCAGCACAAUGCUGCAGGGGCCACCAUCUCAGCUUCUGCUGCAACGCCCAUGACACAGAUUCCUCUAUCUCAGCCGAUACAAAUUGCACAGGAUCUGCAGCAUCUACAGCAGCUCCAGCAACAAAAUCUCAAUCUGCAACAGUUUGUCUUGGUGCAUCCAACAACCAACUUGCAACCAGCACAGUUUAUCAUCUCACAAACACCGCAGGGACAGCAGGGUCUCCUGCAAGCGCAGAAUCUCUUAACGCAACUACCUCAGCAAAGCCAAGCCAACCUCCUGCAGUCUCAGCCAAGCAUCACUUUCACCUCUCAGCAGCCAGCAACCCCAACACGCACAAUAGCAGCGACCCCUAUUCAUCCACUUCCACAGAGCCAGACAACACCAAAGCGAAUUGAUACACCCAGCUUGGAAGAGCCCAGUGAUCUUGAGGAGCUUGAGCAAUUUGCCAAGACUUUUAAACAAAGACGGAUAAAACUUGGAUUCACUCAGGGUGAUGUUGGGCUCGCUAUGGGCAAACUGUAUGGAAAUGAUUUCAGUCAAACUACUAUUUCUCGCUUUGAAGCCUUGAACCUCAGCUUUAAGAACAUGUGCAAGUUAAAACCACUUUUGGAAAAGUGGCUCAAUGAUGCAGAAAACCUCUCAUCUGAUUCAGCUCUUUCCAGCCCAAGUGCCCUGAAUUCUCCAGGGCUGGGGAUUGAGGGCUUGAACCGUAGGAGGAAGAAACGCACCAGCAUAGAGACCAACAUACGUGUGGCCUUAGAGAAGAGUUUCCUGGAGAACCAAAAGCCUACCUCGGAAGAGAUAACCAUGAUAGCUGACCAGCUGAAAAUGGAAAAAGAGGUGAUCCGUGUUUGGUUCUGUAAUCGGCGCCAGAAGGAAAAAAGAAUUAACCCACCUAGUAGUGGUGGAACCAGCAACUCACCCAUCAAAGCAAUGUUCCCUUGUCCAACUUCAUUGGUGGCAACUACACCAAGCCUUGUGACAAGCAGUGCAGCUACCGCUUUGACUGUCAACCCUGGGCUCCCUUUAACCAGCGCAACUGUAACUAGUUUGGCAGUCUCAGGCACCACAGAAACCAUACCCAACAAUACCGCAACCGUAAUUUCUACGGCACCUCCAGCUUCCUCUGCAGUAACAUCACCCUCCCUAAGUCCUUCUCCUUCUGCCUCUGCUUCCACAUCUGAGGCAUCCAGUGCCAGUGAGACAACCACAACACAGACAACCUCCACCCCCAUGACCUCGGCACUUGGGACCAGCCAAGUGAUGGUAACUGCUUCUGGUUUGCAAACUGCAGCAGCAGCAGCUGCACUACAAGGAGCUGCACAGUUGCCUGCAAAUGCAAGUCUGGCUGCUAUGGCAGCUGCAGCAGGAUUGAAUCCAGGCUUGAUGGCAUCUUCCCAAUUUGCAGCUGGAGGUGCCUUACUUAGUCUCAAUCCUGGGACGCUAGGUGGUGCUCUCAGCCCAGCUCUGAUGAGCAACAGUACAUUGGCAACUAUUCAAGCUCUUGCAUCUGGUGGAUCUCUUCCAAUAACAUCGCUGGAUGCAACUGGGAACUUGGUAUUUGCCAAUGCUGGAGGUACGCCCAACAUCGUAACUGCCCCACUGUUCUUGAACCCUCAGAAUCUUUCACUGCUCACCAGCAAUCCAGUUAGUUUGGUCUCUGCUGCUGCAGCUUCCGCAGGGGCCUCUGGACCAGUUGCCAGCCUUCAUGCCACCUCCACCUCAGCGGAAUCUAUCCAGAACUCUCUCUUUACAGUGGCUUCAGCCAGUGGGGCCGCUUCCACCACCACUACGGCCUCCAAGGCACAGUGAGUUGGGCUGAGCUGUGCUAACCCUAGCCUGUUUCAUGCUGCAGUGAGAUUGGCUGGCAGCUGGGCUUCUGAACUGCAAAUUAUGUUUGGCUUCCUCAUGCCGUCUUACUGGGGACAAGGGAGAGAAGGAAAAAAUAUUAGAAACAGGAAAAAAAACAGCAAGAAAAAGAAGGAUUUAAAACUGGGACAAACAAUUGCCUAAUUUUAUAAGAAACAUUGUCUUUUCAGGAUUGCUUCAUUGAUUGGAGAACUUUCUAACCAAAAAUGUAAAAAAAAAAAAAGGACUACUUAUCAUUUCCAGCAGUCUCAGUGACAAGUUAAGGUGGGUUAUCAACUCAAACAUAGGAAUGGGUUUUCUUUUUUCUUUUCUUUUUGAUCUGAAUAUCUUUUUUUAAUUAUCUUUUAUUGGUCUGUUGUACAGGCCAUAAUGUCAUACAAGAUGUUUAUAAUCUUAUCAAUCGUGUUGGGGGUUCCUUUCUUAACUGGUACAGUUUAGGCAGGCCUGUAUUACUUGUGUAUCUCUUUAUGAUUAUUAUUAUUUUUUAUAUAAAGAGAAAAAGAAAGUUUGGACACAUUUCUCUUUGCUCCUGGAACAGUUUCGGUGAGCUCCCGUGCCACUCAGACGGAAGAAGGAAGGCAGGGAAGCAUGUGAAUCACAAAUAUUCUUUAUAAUUUUCUUGGUGGAGUGUUUUAUGAGAUUCUCUCAGAAGUGUUGGCAGUUAAAAUAAACAUACUGAGGGUCAUGUGCAAAGAUAGUCCACACAUGUGAGGUGGGAGUUUUGUUUAGACAGCAGUUUGUUCAUCAUAUUUGGCCAAAUCUAGCCCUCAUUUGCACGUCUUUGGCUCUUGUUGAUCCAAGGGGGGAAAGGAUUUGGCCUGCAAAGUCUGUUUCAACUAUUGUAGCAACGAUUCUCUUAUUUCCUAAUUGCAUGGAAAUUGCCACUUUACAAUUUUGGAAAUACUUCUGUUAUUUACUUUCUCAGGAGACUGCCUAUAUUGCUGAUAACUCAUAUACAUCCACUAAAUCUUCCCACCAGCUGUUUGGCAUAGGAUUUUUUUUAAAAAAACCUGCAUUGGCUCAUUUUUAGACAUUAUUUUCCCUGGAACUCUUGCUUUUAUGAUUGUAUUAAAAUUAUUUUGAAUUUAAAACAUUUCUGUUCCAGAAGUAAACUGGGUCACAUGAACAGGAAGUACCAUUUAUGCCAACACAGCUAUAACAAGCAGCCUUCUAAUCUUGUUCCAUUGUAAACAAUUUGUAAUGUUUUUACCAUUGCUUGCUGCUGUGGGAAAUAGUGGUAAGGGAUGUUUGGAAAACAGGUCAACUUGCUGUGGAAUUCAAUGAGCACUGGCAUGUUGCAUGUAUUUUGCAAUGUUUCAUGCUAUUUCUGGUUCUUGCUGCUAAAUCAUUCAUGGCAGUAAACAUGUCUACUAACACGGAAAAACUUUUCUCAAGCAUCAAGUAGUAUGUGCAAACAACUGCUGACAAUGGAUGAGAGAGAGAGAGAGAGAGAGAGAGAGAGAGAGGAAAGGAGACAGAAAAAUGUUAUUAUGACCUGAACUCAUAUUUUCUCAGAUGCAGAAAAGUUGGAUCAGUACUGCAUAGCUGGCACUUUCCUAUCCCCUUAAGACAAAUUGGAAAAUGUCAGAACUGCUCAAUGUUCCUUUCUAUUACUAUUUGGAAUAUGGGGAAGAGGGACAAGGAAGUUCCUAAGUUUAUAUAGCUGCAAUCCAUUACUUGCCCCCCACAAAAAAAUAUUGUCUCUCAUUAGCUAAUAACUGAAAGAGAGUUCAUUUAUAAUGUCAUCUCUGGCUGGUAAUUCCAGUUUGCAGAC